UUAGGCUUCGAUGGUGAAGGUAUGGAGGACGAUUGCAUCGCAAUUCAUUGCGCAUCUCCAUUGCUAUUUCCGGUGGGCUACUGUGAAAGAAACGGACUCAAACUAAAAGGACCUCAGGGUGGGGGAAAAUUCGAUUGGAAAAGUUAUUUGAGACAGUCAAAAUCGAUAACCGCUCCUGAAGCGCUUUUCGAUGAAGAGAACGAACCGGCAGCAAUCAAGAACUUCAAGAAAGAAAUGACAUGUGAACGACAGCCUUUGGCGUAA